AUGGAUUUAACUAGUAGAAUUUACAAUUACUUUACAUCAUCACCACCAGUAACUAAUACUACUGUCUCUACUACAACAACUACUACCGUUGAACAAUUACAUCCAUCUACAUUUAUCCAACAACAACAGGUCAUCAAUCACUAUCACUCUUCACCAAAACCAUUGAAAUCACAAACACUAUGUAGACACUUCCCAGAAUGUAAAACGGUUGAUUGUCCAUACCUCCAUCAAAAGACUACUUCCUUUUCGUCCACUAGUACCUUUGUUGGUCAUCCUACUUCCCCUUCCCAUCAAAAGCCCACCUCAGAGACUCUCUGCAAGUAUUAUCCAAAUUGUACCAAGAAGGAUUGCACAUUCCUCCAUGAAUCUGCUGCUGCUGCUACCAAGACCGUUACUGCUACCAAGGCCUCAGAGACUCUCUGCAAGUUUUAUCCAAAUUGUACCAAGAAGGAUUGCACAUUCCUACAUGAAUCUACUACUACUGCUACUACCAAGACUUCAGAGAUGCUCUGCAAGUAUUAUCCAAAUUGCACAAAGAAGGAUUGUACUUUCCUCCAUGAAUCUGCUGCCAAGAGUGCUGGUGAAACUUCAGUAGACAAGGUUUGCAGAUAUUGGAACACGGACAAGUAUUGCAAGUUUGGUGCCGAAUGCAAAUACCAACACCCCACUCAUGUUCCAACCCUCGAUGACAUCCUCACCUACAAAUCGUCGGUCACUGUAAAGUCUGAUCCAGGCUUACAAGAGAACACCCGUCUCCCACAGGGAGUCCCUUCGGUACCAAAUGCAAAGUACCGUGUGAUGGACAACGGUCUCCUUAUUUGCUUCAUCCCCUUUUCACGUACCUACAACAAUAUCACCUAUUACAAAAAGAUUAAAUUGUACCGUUUCAACAAGACUAAACAACAGUACAAGAUGACCUUUUCAUACCGAGUAGAAGACUUUCACUUUACCACUGCUGCAGCUAGCAAUGGCUUCUUGGUUUGUUCAAGAUUACCAUUUGAUGCUGAUGUAUUAAAAUUAAUGGAAGAUCAUGAAGCUUCAAUCAAGAAAAUUAAAAAGUUGAAUGAAUCCAACACUGAAUUGUAUAAAAAGAAUGGAGAAUUAUUGGAAAAGAAUAGUAAACUUUUCCAAGAGAAUGUAGAAUUAAAGGAAAGAAAUAGAAAGUUGAUUGUCCAAACAAGACCUGUAAGAGUAUUCAAUUCAAGUUGGUCAAAUAGUUCAAAUUCUUCUGCUAGAAGAAACCAAAGAAUAUUUGCAAAUAUUAGAAGAAGAGAUCCAGUUGAUAUUCUCGUCUACAAUGAUAAAGCCAAAACCUUUGUUCAUGUAUUGGAAUACCACAAGCCAGCCGAUCAUGUCCAUCUCGAAGGAAAGCACCUUACCCUCUGGGACAAAGAAACCAAGAUGGCCCAUCAUUUUGAUAUCAAAAUUCAAACAUCUGAUGUUGGCAAUUUCAAUUUUGAUCAACCAGUAGAACCCAAAAAGCUUUGUGACCAAUUUUAA